UGGGAUUCUCCUCCACGCGCGCCCGAAGGAUCCCAAAUUACCAAGCUGCCCGGGCCGCGAAAUCUGCGAUGGCGACGGCGGCGGCGACGCUGCGGUGGCGGGUGAUGGCGGCGUCGGCGGCGCUGCGGCUGGCGCUGGUGGCGUACGGGGAGUGGCAGGACGCGCACCUCGAGGUGCGCUACACGGACGUGGACUACCUCGUCUUCUCCGACGCGGCGGCCGCCGUCGCCGCCGGGGGCUCCCCGUUCGCGCGCGCCACCUACCGCUACUCCCCGCUCCUCGCCUUCCUCCUCCUCCCCAACUCGCUCCUCCACCCCGCCUGGGGCAAGCUCCUCUUCUCCGCCGCAGAUUUGCUCGUCGGGGUGUUCAUCGACGAUAUUCUGGAGCUGCGGGGGGUCCCGGCGAGGACCCGGAUCUGGUGCGUGGUGGCCUGGCUGUUCAACCCCUUCACCUUCACCAUCGGCACCAGAGGGAACUGCGAGCCCGUCGUCUGCGCCGCCAUGCUCUGGAUCCUCAUCUGCUUGAUGAAGGGUAGAGUACUGCAAGCAGCAUUCUGGUAUGGGCUGAUUGUGCACUUCAGAAUAUACCCAAUUAUAUAUGCAAUCCCCUUUGUUAUAGUCCUUGGCAAGAAUUAUGCCGGUCCUGCUGGUAGACCUGUCCUUACACAGUGGAUUUCGAAACAACAGUUACAAAGCAAUAAAGGUAGGGAAAAUGUGGAAGAACCGACAUCACUCUUGGCGAAUCUAUGGAAUUUUCUCAGUAGCCUCAUAACAAGAGAUACUAUCCUGUUUGGGUUGUUCUCUGGAUCUAUGUUCUUUGCUUGGACCGGCAUCUUCUUCUAUCUCUAUGGGUGGGAGUUCCUAAAUGAAGCACUACUUUACCAUCUCACACGAACUGAUCCAAGGCACAACUUCUCGAUUUACUUCUAUCACAUAUAUCUGCACCAUCAGCAAGGGUUCUCAAGCAUACAGAGGCUGGCUUCGUUCCUGCCGCAGCUGAUCGUGCAGUUGGCGCUCAUUGUACGCUUUUCCAGGGAUCUUCCGUUCUGCAUGUUUCUCCAAACAGUAGCAUUUGUCGCCUUCAACAAGGUGAUGACAGCGCAGUACUUUGUGUGGUUCUUCUGCCUGCUGCCCCUCAUCCUCCCCUGGACCGGCAUGAAGCUGAGGUGGAAGGGCCUGGCCUGCGCGCUGGUGUGGAUGGGGUCCCAGCUGCACUGGCUGAUGUGGGCCUACCUGCUGGAGUUCAAGGGUCGGAACGUCUUCGUGCAGCUCUGGGCGGCAGGCAUCGUGUUCCUGGCCGCCAACACCUUCGUCAUGAUCAUGGUGAUUAGGCACCACAGGCACACCCCGCUCUUCUCGGUGCCGGUGGGUCCCGGGACCAAGAUCGCCGCCAAGAAGGAUUAGCCACGUGGCUACGUAGUUUCCUCUCUCUUUGCCAACUGAUGGUUGUACGGUUUUCCGAUAAAGAGAUGAUUGUAACUGUUGCCUUGCCUUAGCAUGGAUCUUGCCUGGGUUGCAGCAUGCUGUAGCUUUGCUUCUAGGAUACAAACGGCAAGCGUACAAUAGUACAGUAAUUCUCUUCAGGUGUUCAUCAAUAGGAGUUUUCUGUUCACCGGAAUUUUGAGAUAUGACUGGUCAACUGUAAUGGGAUUUAUAUGUACUGGAAUUUUUGUAAUUGCUUCGGCAUAGAAAACGUUGUAGUACCUUUC